CCCAGAAGACAGCCUAGUUCCAAAUUGGACACCCUUUGAUGGCCGUAAGGCCUUUGCGAUUCAUCAUCUCUCACCGUAGACUCCUCUCCUCUUCCCUCCGCUUAACUUCGUCCUCUUCCUCUCACCUCUCUCAAUCUCCGCCGUCCCUUCUCGUAUUCCAUCGACUCGCCUCUUCCCCAGCCCCACUCUCUCACCCCCAAAAAUCUCCCCCUCCUCCUCCGCCGCCACCGUCGCACCACCGCUUUGCCCUGUCCUCGCUGCCCGAAACCCUGGCGCAGAGAAUCGGAAAAUCCGUUCGCCGCCCCGGCGCUCCCUCCAAGGCUAGGGUUUACGCUGACAUCAAUGUGAUCCGGCCCAAAGAGUAUUGGGACUACGAGUCCCUCACCGUUCAAUGGGGGGAGCAGGACGAUUAUGAGGUGGUGAGGAAGGUUGGGAGGGGGAAAUACAGUGAAGUGUUCGAGGGCGUGCACUGCACCGACAAUGAGAAGUGUAUUAUUAAGAUACUCAAACCCGUGAAAAAGAAAAAGAUCAAGAGGGAGAUUAAAAUACUGCAGAACCUUUGUGGUGGGCCAAAUAUUGUGAAGUUGCUUGAUAUUGUUAGAGAUCAGCAAUCAAAGACCCCAAGUCUAAUAUUUGAAUACGUGAAUAAUACUGAUUUUAAAGUGCUUUAUCCAACUCUCUCAGACUAUGAUAUUCGAUAUUACAUCUAUGAACUUCUAAAGGCAUUAGAUUACUGCCACUCACAGGGUAUCAUGCAUCGAGAUGUAAAGCCACAUAAUGUCAUGAUUGAUCAUGAGCAGCGUAAACUUCGUCUUAUAGAUUGGGGCCUGGCAGAGUUCUAUCAUCCUGGCAAAGAAUACAAUGUUCGGGUUGCUUCAAGAUAUUUUAAAGGUCCUGAACUUCUUGUUGAUUUGCAAGACUAUGAUUACUCUCUAGAUUUGUGGAGCCUUGGUUGUAUGUUUGCUGGAAUGAUUUUCCGCAAGGAGCCAUUUUUCUACGGGCAUGAUAAUUAUGAUCAACUGGUUAAAAUAGCUAAGGUGCUUGGGACUGAUGAAUUAAAUGCUUAUCUGAACAAGUACCGCUUAGAGUUAGACCCGCAUCUUGCUGCUCUCGUGGGGAGGCAUAGCAGGAAACCAUGGACGAAAUUUGUUAAUGCUGAUAACCAACAUUUGGCAGUCCCUGAGUCAAUUGACUUUCUUGACAAGUUGCUGCGAUAUGAUCACCAAGAAAGGCCAACUGCAAAAGAAGCAAUGGCCCAUCCUUAUUUCUACCCGAUUAGAAAUGCAGAAAGCAGCAGAAGCCGCGCAUCAUAGAUUGAAUCUCAGAUACCAUAAAAAAGGAUGGUACCUUCUUAUGCUUGGUCAGGACCCAAUCUUCCUGUAAUUUUCUGUUAGUUGGGUGAGGUUUGCAUUUAUUAUGGAAGUCUUCCAUGUUUUGGUCAUCAUUAAAUGGUGACUUUCAUUAACUUAGUCUUUGUCAUUAUGGUCAAAUUUUAUGUGUGCUGAUGUUUUAAGAUUUAACUUGUACGUGAUUUCAGACUUAAAGAAUUUUUCCAUCCAUUUGUCU